GGGAGAAAGUAGAGAAAUGCAUAAAAAGUUUUUGUGUCUAGAUCAGUCUGUAUUAUUUUAUCAAAAAACUGUUAUUAAUUAAUUGAUAUUUUAUAAAUUAAUAUUUAAAAUGAAGAAGGCAGUAUUUGGUUCUGCCCAGCCACCAUCAAAAAAGGCAAAAUUUGGAAAUGAUGACGAUGAUGAUUUACCUGGUUCGUUUGAGGCCGAGUUGGCCAACAUGAAUGACAUGGAGGAUGAUUUUGGUGAAAUGUCACAGUUGAUUCAUGAAGAGCCCUCGACUAGUCAUUCAGAGACAAAUCGAAGAUAUCGAGGACCAGAACAAGAAAACACAAGUGCAAAAUGGAGUCGUCCAGAUCCACCAGAUUUAAAUCCAACAAAAGAUAAUUUAGCAUUUCAACAAAUUGAAGUUGAUCAUUAUAAUGGCAAGCCAAUUGCUGAUAUGCCUGGUAGUAAAAUUGGUCCAGUACCAGUUAUGCGAAUGUAUGGUGUUACAAUGGAUGGUAAUUCAGUUUGUUGUCAUGUACAUGGCUUUAGUCCAUAUUUAUUUGUCACAGCACCAUCAAAUUUUACUGAUAAACAUUGUCGUCCAUUUAAAGAAGCAUUAGAUGAAAAAAUUAAAAAAGAUAUGCGUUCAAAUCCAGAAAAUGUACAAGACACAGUAUUAGCUGUUGAAAUUGUUAAAAAACAAAAUAUAUAUGGUUAUGGAGGUGAAGAGGAAUCAUCAUUUUUAAAAAUAACUGUUGCAUUACCACGUUUAGUAGCAGCAUGUAAAAGAUUACUUGAAAAAGAAAUUGUUUAUCCAGUAUUUUCACAUGAAUAUCGUGCAUUUGAAAGUAAUAUUGAUUUUGAUAUUAGAUUUAUGGUUGAUACAUCUGUUGUUGGUUGUUCAUGGAUUGAAUUACCAGCUGGUAAAUGGAAAUUACGUGGUAAAUAUAAUCAUAAUUUACCACAAACAUCAAGAUGUCAACUUGAAGUUGAUAUUGCAUGGGAUGAAUUUAUAUCACAUGCACCAGAAGGUGAAUGGUCAAAAGUUGCACCAUUUAGAAUAUUAAGUUUUGAUAUUGAAUGUGCUGGAAGAAAAGGUAUAUUUCCUGAACCAAAUCAUGAUCCAGUUAUUCAAAUUGCAAAUAUGUGUAUUAAACAAGGUGAUUCAGAGCCAUUUUUAAGAAAUAUAUUUACACUUGGUACAUGUGCACCAAUACUUGGUUCACAAGUAUUAAGUUUUACAACUGAACAACUUUUAUUACAAAAUUGGGCUGAUUUUGUACGUCAACUUGAUCCAGAUAUAUUUACUGGUUAUAAUAUUAAUAAUUUUGAUUUUCCAUAUUUAAUUAAUCGUGCAAAUCAUUUAAAAGUUAAAAAUUUUAGUUUUUUGGGAAGAAUAAAAGAUAUUAAAUCAAUUAUUAAAGAUCAUGUUUUACAAAAUAAACAAAUGGGACGUAGAGAAAAUAAAUCAGUUAAUUUUGAGGGUAGAGUACCAUUUGAUUUAUUGCUAGUUUUAGUAAGAGAUUAUAAAUUACGUUCAUAUACACUGAAUGCAGUGAGUUAUCAUUUUUUGAGUGAACAAAAAGAAGACGUACAUCAUAGUACAAUAUCUGAUUUACAAAAUGGUGAUGAACAAACACGUCGUCGUUUAGCUGUUUAUUGUUUAAAAGAUGCUUAUUUACCAAUAAGAUUAUUGGAUAAAUUAAUGUGUAUUAUUAUUUAUAUGGAAAUGGCAAGAGUAACUGGUGUAACACUUGCUAGUUUAUUAACACGUGGACAACAAAUAAAAGUUGUAUCACAAUUAUUAAGAAAAUCACGUGAAAGAAAUUAUUUAAUACCAGUACAUCAGGGACAAGGUAUUGAUGAUCAAUUUGAUGGUGCAACAGUAUUAGAACCAAAACGUGGCUACUACAAUGAUCCAAUAGCAACACUUGAUUUUAGUUCUCUAUAUCCAAGUAUUAUUAUGGCUCAUAAUAUUUGUUAUACAACACUACUAACUGUUCAAUCGAAAAAUAAAUAUAAUUUAUCUGAUGAUGAUGUUACUAAGACACCAAGUAAUUCUUUAUUUGCCAAAGGUAAUAUUAGAAAAGGAUUAUUACCAGAAAUAUUGGAAAAUUUACUUGGAGCAAGAAAAAAAGCUAAAGAAGAAUUAAAAAAUGAAACUGAUCCAUUGAAAAAAAAAGUACUUGAUGGUCGUCAGUAUGCAUUAAAAGUAUCAGCAAAUUCUGUUUAUGGUUUUACUGGUGCACAAAUGGGUAAACUUCCAUGUUUAGAAAUAUCAGCAAGUGUUACAGCAUAUGGACGUACAAUGAUUGAAAGAACAAAACAAGAAGUUGAAGAUCAUUUUAAUAUUAAAAAUGGUUAUGCACAUGAUUCAAAUGUAAUAUAUGGUGAUACUGAUUCAGUUAUGGUUAAAUUUGGUGUUACAGAUAUUGCUGAAGCAAUGAAACUUGGUAAAGAAGCUGCUGAAUAUGUAUCAAAAAAAUUUAUAAAACCAAUAAAACUUGAAUUUGAAAAAGUAUAUUUUCCAUAUUUAUUAAUAAAUAAAAAAAGAUAUGCUGGUCUUUAUUUUACACGUCCAGAUAAAUAUGAUAAAAUGGAUUGUAAAGGUUUAGAAACAGUUAGACGUGAUAAUUGUCCACUUGUUGCUAAAAUGAUGAAUACAUGUUUAGAAAAAUUAUUAAUUGAACGUAAUCCAGAUGGUGCAAUGGAUUAUGCAAAACAAAUAAUUGCUGAUUUAUUAUGUAAUCGUAUUGAUAUAUCACAACUUGUUGUUACAAAAGAAUUAACAAAAGUUGCACAAGAUUAUGCUGGUAAACAGGCACAUGUUGAAUUAGCUAAUAAAAUGAAAAAAAGAGAUGCUGGUACAGCACCAAAAUUAGGUGAUCGUGUACCAUAUGUAUUUACAAAACAAGCUAAAGGUACACCAGCAUAUAUGAAAGCUGAAGAUCCAAUAUAUGUUUUAGAAAAUAAUAUACCAAUUGAUACAAAUUAUUAUCUUGAAAAUCAAUUAUCUAAACCAUUGAUACGUAUAUUUGAGCCAAUAUUAGGUGAAAAAGCUGAAUCACAAUUAUUAAAAGGUGAUCAUACAAGAACAAGAGCUAUUGUAACAUCAAAAGUUGGUGCAUUAUCAAUGUUUACACAAAAAAAAGAAACUUGUAUUGGUUGUAAAUCUGUAUUACCAAUUGAAAGAGAAAAAAUGGCACUUUGUAAAUAUUGUGAAGAUAAAGAAGCUGAUUAUUAUCAAACUGAAUUAUAUGCUGGAAGAAAACUUGAAGAAAAAUAUUCACGUUUAUGGACAGAAUGUCAAAGAUGCCAAGGUAGUUUACAUCAAGAAGUACUUUGUUCAUCACGUGAUUGUCCAAUUUUUUAUAUGAGAAGAAAAGUACAAAUGGAACUUGAUACACAAACUAAACGUAUUGAACGUUUUGGAUCACUUGACUGGUAAUUUGUCAAGGUAUAAUAAAUUCAUUAUUUUUUUAAUACAAACUUAAUUAGUAUUCAACUCUUAUGAUUUUUCUUUUUUUAUUUUAUUAAUAAUAUUUAUAAUAUUUGUGGAAAUUAAAUAUCAAAAUUCUAACUAGUGCAGGUUAGUCAUUACUAAAUGCUCUAUUAAUCUGAGUUAAAAAUUAUCAACACAUUUGGCAUUUAAAUUAAAAAUCCUUUUGUAAAUUUAAAAUCUUUUUAAAUACAAAUUGUUGAUAUAUAAAAUUGAUUAUUAUAAAACAAACAAUAUAUUAUUAUACAUAUUGUCUAUUUAAUUUUUUCCAAUUGUAUUAUAAUUAUCAAACACCAUUGACACAUUCAUACCACAAACUUACAAUUACAAUUUACAAUUAAAUAAAAUAUUCACACGUACAUUCGUUAAAUAAUAUGUUUUUCUUUUAUUUUUCAUUUGUUGUUUUUUUUUCAUUAUUAUUACUUUAAAUCAUUUGAUCAUCAUAAUUCAUUUAUACCAUCAAUCAUUCUAACAAUUAAAUUAAUAAAUAAACAUCUUGAUUGAUCUUGAUUGAUCUAUUAUCAAAUUUUUUAAAAUUUAUUUUAAAAAUUAUUUUUUACUUUGUAAAGCAUUUGCAAGCCA